UAUAGAAGUUUAUGAAUCUGAAUAGUAAUUUCCAUUGCAUAAUUGUUAAUUAUGGACUUUUAAAGUAGGCCAAUCACUUGUACUUUAUUAUAAUUUAUAAACAUUGAAUUUUGAUACAAGAAUGUCAUUGCGCUCAUCUUUUCUUCUAUUCGUUUAAUAUAUUAGUUGUUACAUAAUAUUUUAUUAUGCAUAUACUUAGCCUUUUAGCCUACUGUUACACCAAUAUGAGUUCUGAACGGCUGCAGUAGCCGAUAAUGAAAAGGAGAAUAAAGGAUCGAUGAAGUUACGAUAUAAUUUCUUCCAGAUUUAUACACUAAAUCAUAACAUUUCUUCCUUACUCCAAUUAAUGUAUGAUUAUUUUCUACUAGUUGUUGCCCAAAGUCCUUGUAGCAGUAUCCCAUGCAACAAUGGGUUUUGUAGCGUAGUAAAUGAUACCGAAUACACUUGCGAUUGCCGUGGGACAGGAUUUGUUGGGACAAACUGUUCAAUUGACGAUAUGUGUUUUCCCAGUCCGUGCAACAAUAAUGGAGUUUGUAAUAUCACUUCACCUGAUUACUCCACGUUUGAAUGUCUCUGCGCUGGAACCGGGUAUGUUGGAGAUACCUGUGAGAUCGAUGAUCCGUGUUCACCAAGUCCUUGCCUUAACAAUGGCGUCUGCCAAUUGAAUGAAACAGACUACACUUAUGUAUGUAACUGCGCUGGAACUGGAUAUGUUGGAGAUACAUGUGAGACCGAUGAUCCGUGUUCACCAAGUCCUUGUGCAAACAAUGGCGUUUGCCAAAUGAAUGGAACAGACAGCUAUGUAUGCAACUGCGCUGGAACUGGAUAUGUUGGAGAUAUCUGUGACAUGGAUGAUCCGUGCAGUCCGAAUCCCUGUAACGGAGGUGUUUGUAGCAGCAAUGAUUUGGUAACAGCAAUCUGCGACUGCUCCGGAACAGGAAUGCAAGGAGACUUUUGUGAAUCAAAUGAUCCAUGCAGUCCUAAUCCGUGUAACGGAGGUAUUUGUACUAGUCCUGACAACGUGACAGCAACUUGUGACUGUUCCGGGACAGGAAUGCAAGGAGACUUGUGUGAAUCAAAUGAUCCGUGUUUUCCUUUACCCUGUAUGAAUGGAGGAUUAUGCACAGACAAUGGGAAUGACACUUAUACGUGUGACUGCAGUAAUACCAACUAUUAUGGCACUGACUGUGACAUACGUAACCCGUGUUCUGGGGCAGCGUGUAUGAACGGAGGCACUUGCAAUGACCUAGGCAAUGGCACCUUCUCUUGUAACUGCACUGAUGUUUACGAGGGUGAUACAUGUGACACUUGUAAGUAUUAGUAGUCUUU